UCGUGAGAGCUUUGCGGUUGGCAGACGCGCCCUUGCAGUUUCAAGCCAACAGAAACGGCUCGGAAAAUAGAUAAACACAGAUUCCGGUUGCACAGCGAUUAUGAUACACGUUUGAUUGGUAGUCACCAGCACGUCGUGUUGUCAAAGCUGCUCGAUAAGGAAAGCUGCUCAUGGGCUAUGGCAGCGAAUUUCUUACUUUCCCACAGCCGUGCAUGACAGAUGUCUGGUAACAUGUCGUAUAUCUUUACUGGCUCUUUAAUAUAUCCGUCGUCCUGCCACCUAUCUAUCGUUUCUUUGCAUCGUUCUUCUUUUUUGAUCUUCUGCUGACGCGCUUCUAAUCGUUCUUCUUCGCACUGCUUGUGCUUCUCGCCGCCAUGGCCAAACAAGACUUUUACCACUAUACCCCAUCGCUGGAUGCCGCUAUUGUUUUCGCAGUCCUUUACACCUUAGCUGCAAUCGGGACUGUACUUCAAUUUUUGAGAUACCGCAGUUGGGUAUGGACCGUCAUGGUCCUGGCAUCAGGCAUGGAGUCUGCUGGGUACAUCCUUAGAACUAUCUCGACCCAGCACAUCUAUGAUCAGAAUCUAUACGUCGCUUCAUUCUCGCUGAUCGUUCUUGCGCCUGUUCUCAUGGCUGCAGCUUGUUAUAUUGUCUUUGGAAGAAUUGUUUUUCACGUGGUACCAAAAGAAGCAAGGACGACACGACUGCUCUGGAUUCCACCACGCUUCGUUACACCCAUUUUUGUCGCCUGCGACGUACUGGCACUCCUGCUUCAACUUACUGGUGCUGUCCAAAUUACAACCGUCUCCUCUACUGCUGUGAACGCGAAGUCCAAAUUGAGCAGAGGAAAGACGAUUGCACAGAUUGGUGUAGCGGUACAACUAAUUUGCUUCGGCUUGUUCAGCAUUAUCGCUGUCCGAUUCAACUUCACAUCAAAACGAUUCAAAGCCUCUUUUGAAGAACGACUUGGGAGCGAAAAGGGGGAGAAGCACUACACAGUCGAUGGCAAAAAGUUGAAGCCGAACUGGCAAGCGAUUUUGCGUGUAACGAACUUUGCUUCUGCUAUGAUUCUGAUCCGUUCGGUGUAUCGCAUGGUCGACUUUUCCUUGGGAAAAACUGGUUACACUAGCGAACACGAGUGGGUCAUGUAUGUCUUUGACGCCGCUGCCAUCUUCCCAGUUGUUUCCUUAUACAUUUAUUGGCACCCUUCGAAGUAUCUACCCUAUCUCGGGUUCCGCCUUCCCAAGCAUGCUCGUUAAGGCAACAAUGCGGCACGACAGAAGUGGGCCCAGGCUGCAGCGUGGUACUUCAUAAUUUUAUAUCUUCCCUUGUAGAGCUGAAGAUGAAGGCGCAGCAGCCAGAAUGCCAUGCCUGCAUGGACCAUUCGGGGGUUUCGGAAAUAAUGGUGGGAUGACUGCGGGGAUAGACUUUCUGGUCUCUCGAGUACCGAACUUAAUUGUUGAGGGGUACCAGAACGGUAUUUCUUUGAUUCGAUGUUGAUAGCGUCAAUUAUCUUCAAAUACAAUAUAUAGUAGAAUUCUCAGUCUC